AGCCAGACCGAAGCGCAACUGGAGGAAUCCGCAGGGAAUUAUUGUCGCAAUGUUGGCAGCAGCCGUCUCGAAUGCUUCUCGACUACCACACUGUCCGCAUUCACUCGCUUUGUCACUCUGCCACCCUCAGUUAUUCAUUCCAAUAUCCUGAUUCAUUUUGUUUUGUAAUAAAUUAGUGUAGUAUAUUAAUAGGCUAGUGUAUUAGUGUUUGUGUAGAUAGUGUAUUAAUAGGCUAGUGUUUAGUGUUAGUGUGGGUAGUUAUAGGCAGUAGAAAUGGCAGAGUCGAAAAAAAGAAUAAACUUCACCAAAGUCGAACUGACAUUGAUCAAGUCUCUAGUUGUGAGCUGACCCAUAAUCGGGAAAAAAUUACAUGAUCAAAAAACUGAGAACUUGAGAAAAAUAGCGUGGGAAGAGAUUCUAAUAGAGUUCAAUGCUGCGGGACUAAAUUGUAAAAGGAACGUUGAACAGUUGAAAGGAGCAUGGAAAAGAAUCAAGAAUGACUACAAAUCCCAAAAAUCGGAGGAAAGGAGGAGUAGAUUCCGCACUGGAGGGGGGCCCCCAUCACCACCAAAAGUUGAGGAUCCCGAAAUGGAAGAGUUGUUCAAAGACCAAGUACCAAUUGAAAAUAUUCCGGAUGACGAUGACGACUUCAAUGACUAUAAUAGCGAUCAUGAUGGAACUGAGGUACUGGAGGGUACGAGGUCAGCAAGCCCAAAGCCUGACACGCCGGUAGCGGGCACCUCCACAGCACCUGAUUCCCGUGCAACCACUCCGGGAUCUGCAACUGGAUCCGCUCAACCACGCAUCAAACGUGUCUCAUCCAAUACAGACAAGUUCCACAAGAAGAAAAUGGAGUACCUUGAAGAGGAACAUAAACUUAGAUUGACUGUCAUCAAUGAAGAACAUAGGGCUAAAAUGGAAGCCAUUGAGAAGGAGAAAAAAUAUUGGGCUUUGAUGGAGGCCAAUGCCCAGAAACAAAUAUCUUUUCAAAGGGAAAACUCUCACAGCUCCAUUGAGCAAAAAACGUUUGAGUUACUAAGUGGAAGCAUUGAACAUAAUUGAAUGCCCGGUUAUCAAGGGCAAAAACUUUUGUUUGAUAAAUUUAUU